UUUUCCCCAACCGCUAAUGUCAUUCGGUCUCCUCACUGUCAAUCAAGAACAUCACAGUAGGCUGCCUCCUUUUCAGGUUUUUGUAUUCUGUUUUAAUGGGGCCUUUGAGUCGCAUAACGUCGAAACAAAAGCAGUUUCCGUGGCUCGAAAAGAUAAGGUAACGUAUUGACGUACAGAAACGGGAAAUAUGUUAUAGGAUUUAGAAAGCAUCAGCGGCAUCCGCGAGUACUUCGACGGGCUGCCUGUGCCGCUUUGCUAAAGCAGCUAGCGGCUACAAUACAAUUAAAACACCGUUUAUUGCCAGUUUCUGUCAGAUAACAGUUCAGAGACUGGGGGGUCGGUCGCUUUUACCUUCUGGGUUAACUAUCUAGUUUUUGGGUUGUGUUGUUGGUGUAAAAUCAGCCAGGACUCUCUCAGAUCCAGCUGUCCCACCCUGCAGAUCUCUGAUGCUGUCAAGCCCCAAGCUCCACGCAUGAUGUGUUUGUACUGGCCACAUCUCAGCCCUCACUCCUCCACCUUGGGCAGGGUUCACUGUCGUCUCAUCCUGAGCUGUCCUUUGCAAUAAUGACUGACAAGAGGAACCCACCGUUUUUCAAUGAUGGCAAUGUAGGUGUGCUGCACUACAAGCUGCCCUUCAGCGAGACCAUGGAGCUGUUCAUUGAGACCCUGACAGGGACCUGCUUCCAGCUGCGUGUCUCUCCGUUUGAACAGGUCGUCUCAGUCAAGGCCAAGAUUCAGAGAUUGGAGGGCAUCCCGGUCUCUCAGCAGCAUUUGAUAUGGAAUGGUAUGGAGCUUGAAGAUGAGUACUGCUUGCAUGAUUACAGCAUCACAGAGGGCUGCACUCUCAAGCUGGUUCUCGCCAUGAGAGGAGGGCCUGUAAACACCAGACGAGUGACAGUGACGGAUGACUCUGUGAGGGAUAUCACUGACUGCCUUGGUGCAGGGAGAGAGGAGAUGUGGGAAAAGUCUCUGCCUAAUAAACAGGUCACCUUCCUGGUGUACCGUGAGGGAGAUCAGCUCAAUAUCUUCCGCGUGGUGGAUAGAGGAGAUGGAACUCUCACACCUGUGUCUGAAUCAUUGAGCGGCGCCUCUGUACACAAUGUGUACGCGGAGGAGGAGGAGGAAACGGAGAGUGGAGCUUCAGAACAGCAGACGCUGGAGAACUCCAUCACAAUGAGCAAGAUGAAGCUGCUCAAGGCCAAGAUGGAGAAUAUGAACCUUAACAAAAAGCCCAAGAAGACUGCCAAGUUAAAAGUCAGACCUCCAGUGGGUCCGCGGCCCUGCAGCGGUUCGCUCGGCUCUGCCCGACACCAUCGAAUGUUUCGCGUCCUUCCUCAGAUAGGCCACGCUUCUCCAGCACAUCUACCUCCGAUCGGCGAUCAGCAGCAGCCUGCAGUUUCAUCCCCGGCUGCUGGUUCCUCCAGCCAACAAUUCGCAUCUCUCUCGAGUCUCACUUCCUCCAGCCAUGCUUAUCCUUCCUCUUCAGCUUCUGGCGUAUAUAUGCUCCAGGCUGAGGAACCAUGGGAUAAUCCAGUGCCCAGGAAGAUCAGACUCCCUCCCAAAGUGUCCAGGCUGGAUAUGAGAGGGCCUAAAGUCAUGCGAGACUGUGUGUACCCACCUGUAUCACUUCUGUCCAAUUCUGGAGUUCAAGAGGAGGUCGAUCUCCAGGGCGACAGACUAACGGUAGCCGAGAACUCAGCGGUGAUAGAGCCGCCCAAAGCUGUACCCUUCAAUCUUCCCGAGCCUCUGAGUCUGGACAUAUCCACUCAGCGAGAGCGAGGUUUGAACUCUAUAACUGUCCCGGAACCCAACACUGCUGCUCCUCUUCUUUCCCAAGCCCUCAACUCGAACUGGCUGGCGUCCCAAUCUGACCCUCUCACACCUCCUCAAAUGCCACAGCACUUUGAAUUUACAGGUUCCUCCAGUCCAUCCCAAGCUCUCCUCAGAGCUAGCAACAGCCCGUCGGUUCCAGUCAGCUCCCCGUCACGGACCACAUCUGUCUGUGGGCUCAAAGUCGAUAAGCAUUCGGAGGUGAUUUCCAAAAGCGAGGCCCGAGACAUCACGAAGAUGGCUAAUAAAGCGACUAAAGAGCCACUGGGUUCAGUGAGCAACGCAGAGCUCCUAGCCUCCCUUGCAGGCGGUGGUGGUCAAGAGGCUCUGGCUGGUCCCUUUGCUCUGGGCAGGUUAUGUGCCACAGCCGCCCCCCUACCAACCAACAUCCAUCUGUUGCAGAAAGACCUGCUGAGGAGGAUCUCCCCCCUACAGAGAGCAGCCGGCCACACGCCGUCAAGCUCAUCAGGCGGCCUCUCCAGUUCAGUAAAGAGAUUAGGCACUCCAACACACCACUUGCCCCCUGUGAAGGUUCCCUCUGGAACAAAGAAAAAGAGUUCAAAGCACUGCUUCCUGUGUGGGAAGAAGACCGGGUUGGCCACCAGCUAUGAAUGCAGGUGUGGCAACAUCUUCUGUUCCAUGCACCGCUACUCAGAAACCCACGACUGCACCUACGACUACAAAAGCGCAGGCCGACGCUUUCUACAGGAGACCAACCCCAUCAUAAGUGCACCAAAACUGCCCAAAAUAUGAAGGGUGUGAGAAAAAAAAAAAAACAUGAUAUCCAUCAGCUAUUAAAAGAGAGAAAACCUUGAUCACCAACCUGUGCUUUUAUCACCAUGUUUGCUUAAAAAUAAAGUAGUGAAAAAAACAAAAGGGAAGAACAGUGCUCACUAAUAAGCAUUGCCUUGGGAAACACACCUUUGUCUGCUGUCUAUAAAUGACUUCAUGCUAAAAAAAAAUAAAAAUCUAUAAAAAACCCUGCAUGUAAAUAGUUUCUAAAAACCUUUAUAUCAUGCAAAAAAACUUUUAAAGUGAGUACAAACUUUUAAAUAAGCAAAAUACACAACUACGCGUAACUAUUUACAUAGUUUUCUGUGUGUUUUACUUCUUCUUUUUUUUUUUUUUUUUUUUUUAAAUAGAACCAACAAUCACUUUUCAUGACAAGUCUUGCAGAGAUGCACUUUAGUAAUGCUGAAUAUCUCUUGCAGAGAUGGGGGUCUGUACGGGACGGGGGUGACUGUGUGCUUGAACUAUGUGCCGUUUUGUCUUUUUGUAAGUUUCCUAUUAGAACUUUCUCAUAUUUCUGACCCAUUACUCCCCUUUCCUUUCUAGAAGCACUCUACUGAACACUUCUUAUCAUGGAAAAUGCCAAGCAUAUGUACACUCGUGUUAUAACAAGACUGUUUAACCUAAGUUCACUUUGAGUAUGAAGUAUAUAGGCUCUGUCGGCCGUACACACUACACUAUGCAGUUUGACCAUGUAGCAUUCUAAAGCAACUUUAUAAGGGCUUGGCAUGAUAAGAUGUGAACAACUGACUGUUUGCCAUGACGAACCAUCCUUUUUGUAUCUUAGUAUUUGAAAAGCUGUUCAGAAGGCAGCAGCUGUUUGCAUUUUACUGUAAUUGUCAGGUGAUGAACCUAAUAAAAUAUCCUUGUUUCCUUU